AUGGACAAAAGAUAUUCUCUGUUUAAAUACAAGCAUAACUCGACCUUAAUGGAAGGAGAUAGGCUUAGGAGGUAUUUAGAUGAACUUCCCGAAGAUAACAAAUAUAAGUUGAUUUAUAUGUCUAUGACUGGAUUUAUUGCUAUAAGAGAAAAAGAAAAAAGGCAAAAGGAAUCCCCAAAUUGCUGUAGAAAAUGUGGAGAUAGUAAGCAUAUAACGGAGAGAUGCCCAAUUUGCUAUUUUUGUGAUGAUUAUGGGCAUACCAAAAAUAAUUGCCCAAGAAGAAGACCUUAUAAAUCGAGAAAGCUAACUAUUAAUGACAAGAUUUAGAAUAUUAUUUAAAUAUGCUUUAGGAAAUUUCCUAAAGAUAAUUGUAACGGCUUAGGCAAAUAUAAACUUCUUAUUUUAUAUAUUUUUCAAAUGCCCAAAACUUUAAAAUAUAUUUUUUAAAAUAAAGCUCAAUAUGGCCUGCUUUAAGCAAUAUUUCAAAAAGAAGGUUAGCCCACUAUUUAUUCUUUUGAGAAUUCAUAAUGAUAGAACAAAGUCAUCACGGUCAAGAUAUCGAUUAAAAUUGAAGCUGCUCCAAUGUUCAUAAAAAUACAAUGGGGAGUAAGAAAAAUAUUUUAA